UUCUAUAGUUCUUUGAAAUAGACCCAAAUUUGACCCCAAUACACCUCCAAAGAUCAAUGCUUUCUCCCCGAGAGGAUUCAAAAGAGUCACCUGAUUUAAUAACAGAGGGUUUCUUUCCUUCUUUAACUUAUUAACGUGCCAGAGCUCCAACAAAGCUUGAAGAAUCAAGUUUCAAUGGGAAAACCAGGAUUUGCAAGAAAAAGAGGAUUGAAGAGAGUGAACAGUUCAAAGCCAUUUAAGAAGUUCAAAAAUCUGAAGCUAAAUCUUGGAGCAGAAAAACUUGUACCUAAGCAACCUCUAGAAAAUGACUCAGAGGAUUGGUCUGAUGAAAAUUCUGAGGCUGAAUUAGAAACCAAAGAAGAAGAAGUAGAAGAGGAUAUUGUUUUUAACAGAAAGCCAACAAUGUAUGACAAUUUAUUGAAGAGGUUGGGAUCAAGUAGUCAAUUAAUUGCAAAUGCUAUUAAGCAAAGAAAAAGAGGAGAAGAAGGGAAAAGUGAUACAGAAGAUGAUGAAUCAGAAAGUGAGGUUGAAGAUGACAAUGAAGGGAGUAUUGAUGAGUCUCCUAGAAGUAUUGAAAUGAUAAAUGGUGCCAAAGAAAGUGGUGUGCCAGGUUAUACAGAAAAGAGUGAAGAUUCUGGAUCAGAUGAUGGAGAGAUUGGUGCCUCUGACUCAGACAAAGAACAUGAUUCGAGAACAAAUGUUGAAUCCAUUACCAGCAGAAGUACAUUCAGCAGUCACUUGGAAUAUAAAUUAUCUCAAGGAGAGGUUGACAACUUAUUCAAGAGGAAAUGGAAUUACAAAUGGGAAGUUCCUGCUCUUCGUGCACCCAAUUGCAAGUGGAGAGGAACUGGAGACUGUUUUUUGAAGGACAUUGACAUGAAUGAAAUGUGUGGCCUCAAGCCAAGAUUGUAUAAGCAUUGGGUAGGUGUCUACCAAGGAUCUGGCGGCACUGAUUUUCAAUCAUCUGAGCAGAGAUUCUUUUUCUCCAUCUGCAACAGCUAUCGGGAUGUAUUACACCAUAACAAGAAGCCUUUUUAUCUUAAAGGUCAAGAGGACUCGAGUAUCCUGGAUGCUUAUGUUUUGCACACUUUAAAUCAUGUUUUGAGAACAAGGAUUUUGAUCAGUAAAAAUGAUGCAAAAGUGGCUGAUGCUCAAGGACAAGGGGGCAUUCUCAAUGGUGAUGGUUUCCUGGACCAUGGGUUUACUCGUCCUAAGGUCUUGAUCCUUUUGCCUUUAGCAAGCAUUGCAUUUUGGGUAGUAAAGAGGUUGAUCCAGUUAACCCCUUCAAAGCAUAAGGUUAAUAUUGAACACAUGGAUCGCUUUACUGAGGAGUUUGGGAGUGGAGGAGUUGAAAGUGAGGAGGAGGAUGAGGAUGUUGAGAACUCAAAAAGAAAGAAGUCCUCUAAACCUUCUGACUUUCAGUCAUUGUUUGGUGGGAAUAACAAUGAUCAUUUCAUGAUAGGCAUCAAGUAUAUGGGGAGGAAGAUCAAGUUAUAUGCUGAUUUUUAUUCCUCAGACAUAAUAGUUGCUUCCCCUCUUGGUUUGAUCACUCUUGAUUCAUGACAUAAAAUGCAGCACAACUCCAAGGUGAUUUUGAAGGUGUUAUUAAUCCUUUUUCUAUUAAUAUUUUUAUUUCCUUCUUACAAAAUUCUAGUAAUUCAGAAUUCAUCUGUAUUGGUCUAGCUUUUGUUGGAAUAUUCUUUUCUUCAAAGUCCUUUUCAUAAGGUAAUUCUAUCAUAUGUUGUUUUCUAUCCCAAAAAGCAUUAGGAAUAUCUGCACAAAUUUCUUUUUGAAAUAAUUCUUCUAGUUCUGAUAUUCUUUUUUGUAUUUUAAUAUCAUUUAUUUGUUCUUCAAUUUUUAAAUAAGCUUUUUCUUCUUUAAUAUAGUUUAUUUGUUGUUGUACUUUAGUGAUGGUAUUUAUUGUUUUAUAUAUUGAAGAUGUUUGUAAUGUUUGUAAUUCUUUCUGUCUUAUUGGAGUUAGAAAUUUGAAGGUAAUAAUUUUUCCCAUUAUAUUUACUGAAAUUCCUUCAUGACUUACUAGAAAUGGAUAUAUUUGAAUUAAAAAAGGUGUACCUAAUAUUACAUCAUGAUUUAUAUUGUUUACAAUUAUGAAAUUAUGUCUAAUACAAUAUUCAUUAUUACAUAUUGAUCCUUUGGUAAAUUUAUAUUUUACUUCUAAAUCUUCUCCAUUUGCUGCCAUUAGUUUUUCUUUUGUUCUUUCACAAUAUUUUGUGGGAAUUAUUCCUUCUUUUAUACAACUUGUAUCAGCUCCACUAUCUAUUAGAGCUACAAAGGUUUCUUUGAAAUCUUCUACUGUAAUGGUAACUAGUGCAAACCAUUUUUGAAAAGUCAUUUUUUCUAUAGUAUUUAUAUACUGGUCUUCUUUUAUUGGGUUUUCUGCUAUUGAUAUUUCGUUUGUUUUAGUAUUAGAGGUUGAAGGUUGAUUAUUAUCUAUUAAUGUUAAUUUUGAUUCUAUUUC